CAUUCAGCAUAAUUCUUCCUGAUUUCAAAAGAAUCAUUUGCGAGUCGCUUUACAAAAAGUACCCGCUUUGUCAGGUUACUUCCCUUCUAAACGGGCUUUCUUUCGAUCACUAUACCAGUUAAUGUCUAACAUUUCGCCAACGUCUUUAUAUUUCCGAGAUUGUUAUUUUUUUGUCAGAAAGUGCAACAACUAGACAAUGGAACACGGGGUCAUUUUUUUUCAGGUUUUACUUUUGGGACUCUUUUCGCAGUCGGAAGGUCCCAAACACUGGCGGUCAGCGAAAGCCGAAGUGACAGCGAUACAAGGAGAGUCGGCGACAUUGGCUUGGUCUAUUAACUUAACAGACUCUGACGUUAACAAAACUUGGACUUAUGUCAAAAUUAUCCAUGCAAAAGGACCAUAUACAGAAGAACUAGUAACAUUCGAGAAAACAGGGAAAAAAACUAUCGAAAAUCCAAGCUAUUCCAGUCGUAUAUCAGACAUGACCUUUAAUGUCUCCCAGUCUGGUUCUGCUGUCAACAUACGAUUCACAAUGACGAAUUUAGUCAGAGCUACGGAUAUGAAAAGUUACAAAGCUAUGCUUGGAUUUAAUUCUGAUGCUUCUACUUAUCCUGAUGUUACUAUUCUGACUAUACUAGUGAAACCUCAUUCUAACGAAUUAAAGAUUAAGCCAGAAAAGAACACUUACUGUCUUGGAGAUAAGGUUAUUGUCACAUGCAAAGCUGAUGGUAUCCCACCACCACAGAUAUCUUUGUUCCUUAAUGGCAAAUUGAUUCAAAGUGAAAAUACAAGUGUCGCAGUGACUCUAUCACUCAAUGUCAAGGGAGAGAAAAACUUGGACUGUGUAACCAACAAUACUGCAGGAAUUGGUCAGACGAGUAAUGUAAAGCUUGUUGUAAAAGAACCUCCAAAGAUAGGCCUAUGCAGGAUAAAUGACGAAGAAGUGACAACUAAGUCCGUGAUUGAAGGCACAAAGGUGAUCAUAACAUGCGAAGUGGCUGGAAGCGAACCUUUAGGUAUCGCUUGGUACAAACAAAAUGUACAAACGCCUCUGUCGGGGUCGAAAACGCUUACUUUUGAUUCAAUACAUCGGAGAGAUAGUGGCCAGUACCGGGUGAAAGCCUACAAUGGAAGAGAAUGCGAACAUACAGCGCCUAAAAUCCUUCAUGUGACAGUCAUGUAUUUGGACGAACCUCAAGUCCUCGGCAAAAAAUACAAAGUGUUCAGUCCUUCAAAUCCAAAAGUUCACUUCAAAGUCAACGUGGAUGGCUACCCAAGGCCUAAUUUUACGUGUCGGAGGGAAGGUGGGUCUGGCUCCUCUUUUACCAACGUUUCUAUCGCCCACCAAGUGCCAGGAUCAAAGUGGAUAUUAUCCGUCUACAUAUUUGCAACAGCAGAUGAAAAAUAUUAUUGUGAUGUUAGGAACGACGCUUUUAAUAGGCUGAUAAAGUUUAAAGUGUACAAGCAAGGUCCACCAAAAAAAAUCAACGGAACAUUUAUUUUAACAAACGCAUCUUGGAGUGAGAACCUAAAGAAUCCAAGUAGUGGUGCUUACUUUAAGUUGAAUACGAAGAUCAACCAAACGCUUGAACUUGUUUAUGCAAAUGAAGAAUUCGUAACGGCUUGGCGAAUAUUAUCAUUCGUAAACAGAAAAGGAAGUGUUGGCGUAAAUUUUCAGCUUGACGUCAUUGCCAACGUCACAGAUCCCAUCAUCCUGUUAAAGCAUGCCGUGGACAAAAAUGGAGGAAAGCUCAAUGGACUGUCAAUCGAUCGUAACAGCAUUAAGACAGGAUAUUUAUCACCACCCAAAGAUGGCGAAACAGCUGGUAAGGCAACAGAGUCGGAUAACAAGACAGGGAUGUAUGUAGGCAUUGCUGUUGGCAUCUUUGUUCUGUUAGUGUUGUCGCUCGCUACACUUUGGUUUUAUUCCAAACGAAGAGGUGAAAGAGUAUCUGAUAGGAGAAGCAAUGAAUCUACAGGCAUGGAAAUGAUUCGUUUUUACGGGGAAUCUUUAGCAAGUCCGCAGGAUAAUGCUGCGGAAAGUUUAUUAGAUAUAAGUACACCAACACCAGCUGCUGCUGGUAAAGAGAGAAAGGCACCGCAUUGUAAAACGUGUCACGAGCCAAUGAAGGGCCAUAAAAAAGGGAAGUGUAGCAACUCUCCGCAGGGAGGAAAUGUGACUUUCGAACGCACUAUCGAGAAAUGUUCGGAUGGCACAACGACAACAACAGGACGAGUUACCUUCCUUCCAGAUAUGCUUGAAAGAAACGGUAAUCAAUAGCUGAUGUACAAUGAAAAUAUCUGAAUGAUCCGCCUAUGGAAGACCAAAGGUUCCUAUUUCAAUGAACUAUAACCUCAGUAUCAAUUGAGCUUUCGCGUUUGGUCAUGAUAAUAUCUGUGAGUAUUGUUCUAUGGUCGACUUCUCAUAGCAUUGGCGGAUAGAGUUUAGCAUUCUUGAUAAGUCUGGUCCAGGUACAACUAAUGAGACAGGAAUCUUCUCUGUUGCAGUUAUUAGUCCGUUUAAAAGUUUUUAUGGAUUCUUCGAUGAGUCGAGAGAAGUACUUGGGAAGUACUUCUUCUUAGCGAGAAUUUGAACUGAUUUAAAGGCGAAGUUGUGAUGAGCGUGGUCAGCUAUGGCGGAGAGAUAUUAUUAUCCGUUAUAAAAUACCUCAUAAAUCUUGCGUUCUGAUUGGUUUGGGAGUACACCGCACACAUGCGCACUUUCAUUUGCGUCAUUCCUAUCUAAAAUAACGGUUAUAUUAUUGUAUUUUGUAUUUUUGCUUGCUGUGCUGUGUGGAGUUAUAAAGCACUUGGGGAUAGACCCUUUUCGAGUUCCAAAU